ACUAACCUAAAAGUUGUUGACAGUUUGUGUACUUCCAAACAAAAGUUAGUAAUUAUUAUUGAUUAGAUUAUAAAUUUCAAAUUAAUUGCAGACACUUUAACGUUUUACAACUGUGCACAAAAUGUUAGAUUCUUCCCCUGAAGAUGAAGAUUUUCCUGGUCGCUUACUUCAUCAGGCAGCACUUUGGGAUAACACGGAACUUUUAGAAGAUUUACUUGAAGGAGGCCAACAAGUGUUUCUUAAUUCACAAGAUAGCUGGGGAAGAACACCAUUACAUGCUGCUGCAAUUACUGAAAAUUCAAAAUGUCUUCAAAUUCUUUUAAAUUCUGGAGCUGAUCCCAACUUGACUUGUGGUCCACGUGGUGACUAUAAAACACCACUUCACUUAAGUUCAGAAUAUGGCCACGAUCAUAAUGUUAAGGUGUUAUUGGAGCAUAAUGCAGAUUUUCAAAUUCCAGAUUCUAGUGGUUGUAGAGCACUAGAAUUGGCAGAAAAAAGUGGACAUACAAAAUGCAUUGAAGCCAUUAAAAGUGCAGCAGAGGCAAAAGAUAAAGCGAGAUUGGACGUACACGCUGCUAUCGGGCAUGCUUGCGCACAAGGCGAUGUUAAUUCUGUGCAACAACUUAUUUCGUCGUUACAAGACGAUGCAGAACUUAUUGUCAAUAUGGCACCAAGUGGCGCGAACACACUUUUAUUUUCUGCAUGUCAAAUUGGAAAUAAGGAAAUUGUGAAAAUUCUUCUCGAUAACGGUGCUGACGGCAGAUAUCAUCCCGUUACAAAAUAUUCGCCUCUCUACAUUGCUUGUUAUCAUGGACAUCUAAAAAUUGUUGAACUACUGUUGUUGAAAUUUCCGGAAUUGGUGCAGCAACACACAGUUGAACGUUGGUUACCUAUUCAUGCCGCCUGUAUCAACGGACAUGUCGAUGUUCUCGAGCACUUGUUUUAUUUUCCAUAUCCGUCACAAGUUUUGCGCAAAUACAGAGAUGUUACAGAGCAGUGGGAAUAUUUCAUGCCAUAUGAUGUUAAUGAAAGGGAUGCCACCGGGCAGAAUAUUUUAUACGUGGCGUCACUUUUGGGAAAUAAAAAGCUCGUUAACGCAAUACUCAGGUUUAAAAUUAAAGCGACUAGAAUUAUACAAAGUAUAAGCUCGGACGACGAUCUUACGCCCAGUUCUGAAGCGGUAUUAAGUCCUACGAGAAAAAGAAUAUCCGAUGGUAUUAUGAAUAUAAUGUCGAAGUUAAACUUGUCAAGAGGUGGUUCUUUGGAAAAUGAGAUGAAUGGAAAUGCCAGGGAUAUAUGUCCACUAAGGAUUGACAUGUAUUGCAAUAACAAUACUGAAACAGCAUUACACGUUGCCGUAAAGGGGAAGCAUUACGAUAUUGUUUUAGCUUUAUUAAACGCAGGUGCUAAUCCAAAUGCAAUUAUUAAACCUUUCCACAGUAUUAAUGAGAUUCAAAACAGUUGUUCAGUAAUAGACGAUGACUCGGGCUAUGCUCAAUCAACGGCUCUUGUUGAAGCUUGCAAAAAUAGAGAUUUUCCCGUUGUGGAUUUAUUACUUAAACACGAAGCAAGGGAUGACGAAUGCCGAGCGUUAAGCGUAGCGAUCAUGAACAGAGACGAGACCCUCAUAGCUAAGUUGUUAUCGACCAAAGCACACGCCGAUCCCGAGUAUAAAAUCAAUAAAAAAUCAAUGACUGAGAAUAUACACUCAUCACAGUUUAGCAUAUUUUCCAGUGUACCAAGUUUGACUUACUCAACUCUAUUUCCCAACACACCAACGAUGAUUAAUUGGCACAACCAACGGUGUAGUUUAACAGAAAUUAAAACGCAAUGGCUCAUUGAUGCUGCAUUAAGUUUAAAUUCCAAACUGAAACAGAAUCCACGCUCCUACGAUAUUGCUUUAUACGCGAUCACCCGAUUGGAUGUAUCCAACAAUAACUUGAACUCCAUUCCAUUAGUAGUUUUCCAACUUCAAAGUCUGAAAUAUUUAAAUCUAUCUCAGAACAGAAUUGAAAAAGUCCCACUGCCUCAGACAUCUCCCACAAAAAAGGGACAUAGAAGAAAAGGUCUUCACUCAGAUGACUCUUGCUAUUCAUGCCCCGUAUUGGAGGAACUAUAUUUACAGGAUAAUAGGCUGGAUCACAUCCCGGACGCCAUAUUUAAACUGCCGUCACUAGUAACAUUGGUCGUUUCAAAUAACAAAUUGCAGAGUUUGCCAUAUGGUAUGUGGUUGGCGCCAAAAUUGAAGGAACUGAAUGCAGCGUUUAAUCUUAUAAAGGAAUUGCCUUCGUCUCCAAUUGAGACAGAAGAUCUGGAUAGAUUGAGUAUCAGUUCAAGUGACAGUCAACUUUCCAGUCAUACAGAACCAGACCCAGAGAUGGAGAUCACAGAAUUUGACAAAAUCAUUUGUGCCGAGGAUAGCAUACAGUCAGUAAAAUAUACAAAGAAAGAGAGAUCAUACAUGCAAUUAGAUGUCAACAAGCAUCACAUUUGGAACAAGCACGUUGAAGUUACAGAGCAAAUUCUUCACAGUGAUGAUAUAACAACCGAAAAAUGUUCAAAACUUUGUUCUUUAAAUCUUGCCCAUAACUUGUUCACCAGCAUUCCAGUCGUUCUUUCUUGCCUAGCAGUUAAUUUAACAAAGUUGAAUAUGGCAUUCAACACCUUAAGAUCUAUGUCGCAUAUUACUAGCUAUCCAAGUUCGUUGAAACAGUUGGACUUGAGCCAUAAUCAAAUCAGUGUCUGGCCGAGUUUACCGCAAGUCGAAGCUCAAGAUAACAUGGAGCUGGCUAAUUUGAUUUGUUACACCACCAACGCAAAAUUCAGAGGAAAGUUGGCUGAAAUCGGAGUUCGCCAGCCUUCGGGAAGAUCAGUGCGACAUUCUGUAUUACAUUCAGUAUGCGCUCAUCGUCGACAUUUAAGACUUGAUAAUUUAAGAACUUUAAUAUUAGCGGACAAUCAGUUGUCAAGGAUACAAUUAACAACUGAUGAUAACGGCGACUUUUUUUGUACUGAUGAGGACGAUAUCGAACGGAAUCUCCAGAGUGGCAAAGCUAGGCUCAUGUUCCCGAAUCUUUCAAUGCUCGACAUAUCUAACAAUGUUUUAAAAGAAAUUCCGUCAAAUAUACAAGAACUCACCAAUCUGUCUGUUCUAAACAUUAGUGGGAAUUUAGAUAUUACUGACCUCCCUCCCCAGAUGGGACUCCUGUCUCGUUUGUGGAAUCUGAACACUAGAGGUUGUUCUUUGCAAGAUCCAUUAAGAUUUAUGAUAGAAAGCAAAAAAUACAAGACAAUGGAUAUCAUCGGCUACCUUAAGUCUGUACUGGAAGACGCGAAACCUUACGCUAGGAUGAAAUUAAUGAUCGUGGGUGUACAGGGUAUUGGCAAAACAAGUUUAUUAGAACAGAUACGGCAGGAGGGUGUUACUCGGAAAAGACCAGAUCACUGGGCCAAGAGGAUGGGAAAUAAAAACAUAAACGUAAAAACUUCACGUGGAACGAACAUGUCGACGGUCGGUGUGGACAUAGGUGAUUGGAUUUAUGAAAAAAAAAUUCGCAACCAGUCCUCCCACGGUCCUGUUAUCUUCAGAACGUGGGAUUUCGGCGGGCAAAGGGAAUAUUAUGCCACUCACCAAUACUUUUUAUCAAAAAGAAGUCUGUACUUGGUUGUUUGGCGAAUCACCGAUGGUCAUAGGGGGAUCAAUGAAAUUUUGCAGUGGCUCGUGAAUAUCCAAGCCCGAGCGCCAAAUUCGCCGGUGAUAAUUGUCGGAACCCAUUACGACUUGGUGCAGGAAUUUAACCCGAAUAUAUUUGAAGAAUAUCAACAGAUAAUCCGUGACCGUUUUAUCAAUAUCGUCGAUGCGGAAAAGUGUGGCCUGCCAAAGGUAUUGGACACAAUUGAGAUCAGUUGUAAAACAAGACAUAACAUCAGACUGCUUUGUAAUUUGAUUUAUGACACCGUUUUCAGUUUAAAACCACCUGGUAAUAAGGAACUUCUACUUGAGCAAAAAGUUCCUGCCACCUAUCUAGCUUUAGAAGACGUUAUUAACUAUAUAGCUGCAGAAUAUCGUACGAAUGGUUUAGACCCGGUCCUGACGACGGAACAAUUUAAGUCAGUAGUGAUAAGUGAAAUGCAGCUCAGAUAUAAUAAGACGUUCAGGGAUUGGUCUGAAUUGCACCAGGCAACUUUAUUCCUCCACGACAACGGUGUACUAUUGCACUAUGACGAUGCGACUCUCAAAGAUCUAUAUUUUCUGGACCCACAGUGGUUAUGUGACAUGUUGGCUCACGUGGUGACAAUUAGAGAAAUCAAUCCCUUUGCGAGGUCCGGGGUUAUGAAAUUAGACGAUCUAAAGCAUGUCUUCAAAGCUAGCAAUAUCGGUCCAGUCGAUAUGAGGGGUUAUAUUGUAAACCUGUUGAACAAAUUCGAAGUGGCAUUAACUUGGGAUUCUAGAACACUGCUUAUCCCGUCACUAUUACCAUCCGAAGACGAUAUGAUUCUAGCCCAGCUGUAUCCGGGCCAAAGUCAAUCUUUGGUGAAGGUAAAGGUGCCGUUAAGGUCUCGCGGCUGGGCUGUGCGAAAUAAAAAAAUAAGCGUGUCGCCAAAAUCUAUCUUGUAUAGGGACACUAGCAAAGAUAAUUUUCAAUUGGUUAUGCCUGGGACGUCAUCCGCAACUGCAGAACCAAAAGUUGAAAGUGUACAAUACCAAGUAAUGACUAAACGUUCAGAUAAAUCAUUAACUCGCUUGCUGCUGAUGUCUUAUUUCCCGUCUGGAUUUUGGUCAAGAUUAAUGUCACGAAUACUGGCCGACGACUCCAUUAUUGAUAUCAUUAGGUCGUUUUUUAUAUUACCGAAGGAAGCUGCCCAAGAUUUGCAUUUGGCUCGACUGCUUGAUCUUAAAGCUGAGUGGGUGUUAUGGCAAACAGGCUUCCAGUUGAAAUACGGAGAUAUUACAUUGUUUCGAAUGAAAGAAUUCUUGCAAGGAAAUGCUGCAAAUUACAAACAAUUGAAAUUUAAAAUAAAACAAGACGGUGCUUGGUGCGAUAUAGAUUUACAAAAUUCUUCGAUUUUGGAGAUAUACUUUCCAUUUGACUAUUUAGUGGUAAACCCAAUAUUUACAGAGAAUUCUGAUCCCAAUCAGUAUAAAAUUAAAAAUCAGCUUGUCAUUGAAUGCACAACGGAAUCGCCAGCACAACUAUUGGCGUUAUUGGUUGAUCAUAUUGAUAUCCUAUUAGAGGACUGGUAUCCCACGCUGGGUACUCGCUUUGUUCACACUUCAGAAGGAAAAUUUUUAGUAACCAGGCUCGUUCCCUGCCCCCAAUGUUUAAACCAAAGUUAUUUGGACAAUGAGAAUAAUGAUUUCAAUCAAAUGAAUUACCCAACGGUAGAACGUUUGAAUUUAGAAGCGGAAAGCCAGUUAGCAAACCAAGACUUGUUCCGAAUUAGGAAAUCCCAAGAGUCAUAUACCUCAGAGUGUGAUAGUGGUGUGGGGGCUGAGUCAAGUGUAUCUAGCCGCAAUGUUUCUAUGGAAGGUCAUCCGCUACUAGCAACAGAUGAAACGUUUGAGAAGCCGUCACACUAUUCGUGGAUGGUAGAAGAAUGCAUUCUAGCCGCUUAUAGUGAAAAGAGUGUAACCUGCCCCAGUCACGGUGAUAUAAGUCUGUCCAGAAUUGCCCCAGAUACAGUGUUCCUCGAUUUGGGCGAAAGAUAUAUAAUAAGGCCAGAAAACAUCAAAAGGGGCCGCCUUUUAGGGCGCGGAGCGUUCGGAUUUGUUUUUAAAGGUACCUGCAAACUGAGAGGUUCAAAUAACAUUAUUGAUAUUGCCAUGAAGAUGCUCCAACCGGUUCAGCCUGGACCGAACGCACGUCAGUCAGCGAUAAUAGCUUAUAAAGCUGCCCAGGGGAAAUGGGAUAGGGAUCCGUUGCAAUAUGCCUGUAAAGCGUAUUGCACGGCCAGACAAGAAUUGAAUAUUUUAAUGAGUUUAAAACACCCGAAUAUAGUGCCUUUUGUUGGGGUAUGUACGAGUCCUUUGGCGUUGGUUCUGGAUUUAGCUCCACAAGGGGCGUUAGAUAUAUUAUUGAGACAUUACAGAAGAUCAGGUUCAAAGAUCGGUCCUUACACCAUACAGGCGGUUAUACUUCAGGUAGCGAAAGCGGUGGAGUAUUUACAUAGGCAGCAUAUUAUUUACCGCGAUUUGAAGUCUGAAAAUGUGCUUGUGUGGGAAAUGCCUCCACCUUUUGUUGAUUAUCCUGAUCAUCCUGUUCAUAUCAAAGUUGCUGAUUAUGGAAUUAGUCGACUAACUCUUCCAUCUGGCACCAAGGGUUUUGGAGGUACUGAGGGUUUUAUGGCACCUGAAAUUAUGAGAUAUAACGGUGAAGAGGAAUACACAGAAAAAGUGGACUGCUUUUCAUUUGGAAUGUUUAUCUAUGAGUUGCUUACCUUACAUCAACCGUUUGAAGGUCACGAAUCAGUUAAAGAAUGCAUUUUAGAAGGUGGUCGACCGCCACUAACAUACAGAGAGACUUUGUAUCCAAGCUAUUUCUUGGACUUAAUGGUCUUGUGUUGGUCUCACCAACCAAAAGAUAGACCUUCCGCUAGUCAAAUUGUAUCCAUCGCUAGUGCACCAGAAUUUACUCAUUUGAGUGAUGUUGUCUACUUAAAACAUCCCGCCUCAGUCGUAGCUUCCACCAGUACUGCUCUUACUCAUAUAACGGAUGAUGGACUCUCUGGUUCUGAAAUGUGGUUGAUGUGCGAGAAUUCAAGGGUGGAUUUAUUAUUAGCAGCCGAGCAAAACUGGCAACAAUAUCAUACCAUGACUUUGCCUGUUAGGCCGUCAGUCACUUGUACCGUCAGCAAUUCCGUGUGGAUUGGCGAUUGUGCUGGAAAGAUUCACGCAUAUUCUUCUUGCGAUGGAAGGAGAAUAUUUUAUUACUCUCUCGAGACCGAACCUAACAUUCAAGUGCAGUCCCUAGUAUAUUUACCGCCACUCAAUCGCAUUGCCUGCGCCUUGUCCAAUGGGCGGCUAUUUUUGUUGAAUUCCGAAAUUAGACCCGCAACGCCAACCGCUGCCGAGGGAACAUUCGUAAUGACAGAGCUUGGUCUGAGCUCGGGAAUCAAUUGCAUGUGCGCCGUACUCAGGGACCGCCAAGGGACCUGUGAAUUGUGGUGUGGCGGAAGUAACGGCCAAAUAUCAAUUUAUACGUUAAAAGAUCAGGUUGUGUCGGGUCAAGAAGUCAUAAAUCAUUAUCAGCCAGUGAUCAACUUUGUGGACGUUAUGAAUUUGGUAUCGAUCGACAGUACUGUGUGGUCGUAUGUCCGACCAGGUUGUAUUGUUUAUCAAUGGGAUGCUAUCACAAGAACUAUUAUUAACAAACUCGACUGUUCUAAACUCGUCCCUUGUUCAGAGAGUUUGAAAUCCAUUGCAAUUGAAGAACACUUGAGUCCUACAAAUUGUCAGGUGUCAAGCCUAGUUGUAUUGGAUGAAGAACUGUAUAUAGGUACCACUUGGGGUUGUGUGAUAAUUGCCGAAAAAAGUUCCCUCCGUCCUAUAACUAUCUUCAGACCUUAUGAAGAGGAAGUUAAGGUUAUUGUUCCUUUGGCUGUCCCCAAAAGUGUUAACGGUAGCCACGACAAUACUUCUUUAAUCGCUACUAUCGGACGCGGUUAUCGCAAUUUGCUGUCGCGGUACGCAGACGUACCUAUGAAUCUUAAAACACCAGUUGCAAGUCCGAUAUCAUCUGGGAGUCCAUUUAUAUCGAAACCAAAUAUGUUCGUUUUAUUGUGGAGGGCGAAGCAUUGGAAUGCAUUGUAAUAAAAGUAAUUAACAUUCCGCGAAUCAAUAUUAAGUGAUAUUUUAGAUUAAGCUUAUUUUUACGGUAGUUUAGUGACGGUAUACAAUUUGACCAUACAUAAUAUGUAAUUUUAGGAGGCAAAUUUUAUUGGUUGUAUCGUGAAAAAGUACAGAUCUCAAACUCUUUGUUAUUGUGUUCUAUUUUAAGCUGUUGUAUCAUUGUUGACAAUUGAAAAAAAAGUUUGAAUAAAGCUAUUUAUGG